AUGGCUCGUAUCAAUCGGACUGCCCAUAAGUCCACUGGAAGAAAGGCCCCUCGCAAGCAGCUGGCUACGAAAGCCGCUCGCAAGAGCACCACAACCACCGGAGGAGGCGAGAAGCCGCAUUGCUAUCUGCCGGGAAUGGUUGCUCUGCGUGAGAUUCGUCGUUACCAGAUAUCGACGGAGCUGCUGAUCCGCAAGUGCCUGACUGCCUCGGCUCAGCUGUUCCCUCUGACGAGCAGCGACGACAAUGCGUUGGUCCCUGUGGGAAGAAAGUUCCCCCGCCAGGCCAACGCCGUUGCACCCCGGCAUGACCACACCCACAUCGAGACCAUCGACGUUACGUGUGACCAGAAGAAUGGCAUGCUGGUGACGAUUGAGUUCGAGUCGGACUUCCAGGGAGUUAUCUACAGUCAGGGCUACUACAAUGAUCCCAAGUGUCGGUACGUUUCGGCCGGUAAAGGAGGGCGAUCGUUUUCGUUCACAGUGCCAUUCGCCGGUUGUGGCAGCAAGCCGUCAUGUUCGGUUUGUUCAUCCGUUGAUAACGUGCUGGUGAUUCAAACCGACGAAGAUGUCCAGGAAGCUUGGGAUACCGCACGAAGAAUCUCGUGUAGUCAGGUCGAACAGCAACAGAAUACCAUAUUUUUCAAACCAUUCGUGGUUGAUAUGUUGGAAGUCGUCAAUGUACCAACUGCUACUGGAGGUGUUGAGUGUUGGAUGGAUAUUCAAAGGGGAGCCUAUCCAAACGUUUCGCCGAUUCCUAGUGUAAUUAAAAUUGGAGAAGCUCUUAGCAUUCUUGUAUACCUGAGAGAUCCUAAGGGUGAAUACGAUGUAUCUGUUAAGGACUGUUACGCAUACGACAGCCCUGAUUACGAUGCUUCCGGAACCAGGAGACUACAGUUGUCCGAUAAGAAUGGCUGCUCCCGUAAGAAGAAACUGUUUGGUCUGUGGGAAAAAACGACUCAAACAGGAAGUUCAGGUGCCACACUCAUUUUACACAACAAUAUUAAAGCUUUCAAGUUCCCAGACAGAAUGCAAGUUUUCUUGAAGUGCGACAUUGAGAUCUGUAGGGGAGGAUGUGGUCCUCAGUCACAACCAUUCCACCACGACGAGGAACACGACCACCUCAAACUCGUCAGCCCCCAGUUUACACUACAGAGGUUCCCCAAAGAAGAACUCGUCCUACUCGACCAUCAACCUCAGCACCCGCAACACGACAACCAGUGCCAACACGACAACCAACUACUGCUCCACCUCGUCGUAGAACCCGGCCACCGGUCACCACUACAACAGAAUUUGUAUGUGCUCCCGGAUCUACUGAUGAUCGUUGCAAUGCAGUGCUUGUCACUGAAAAGCCUAAUUGUUACCGAGGCUCAAGAGAUCCACGUUGUCGCCAGCCUUCAACGGCCGCACCAGUCACAACUCCAGCACCACUUCGAUGCUUCCCUGGCUCCACCGAUCCACGUUGCCCAACUGUUCCUACUACUCCAGCUCCUCCACGCUGUUUCCCAGGUUCCACCGAUCCACGAUGCCCAACAACUUUCCGCCCAUCUACAACUCGCCCUACUGGCAGAGGAACUCGUCCUACUGACCGCGGCACUCGUCCAACUGGCAGAGGAACUAGACCGACCCGCCCUACAACAGAAGCACCAACAUACCUCCCACCAGUUGAAAGUCAAAAGACUACUGCUGCUCCAGAUUGCUAUCCAGGCUCCAAUGAUCCUCGUUGUCCACGACCAGUUCCAUCAACUCCAAGACCAGUGGAAGAAAUUGAUGCUGCAUCAGGCCCAUCAUGCUUCCCUGGUUCCAAUGAUCCUAGAUGCCGAACUCCAGUUUUACGUUGCCCUCCGGGUACGACCGAUCCACGCUGCCCUGGAGCUGUACGACCUGCUCCUACUCGAGCUCCAGCAACAACUACACCCGCACCUCCACGUUGCUUCCCAGGUUCUACUGAUCCAAGAUGUCCUCAAACUACUCAAGCUCCACGGUGUUAUCCAGGUUCACCGGAUCCCCGUUGUCCUCAAACCACUCCAGCUCCUAGAUGUUUCCCAGGAUCACGCGAUCCAGCUUGUUACGAGAAAACGGACUCUCCAACUUACUUACCUCCAGAAGAGACUACUGCCGCUCCAAGAUGUUAUCCAGGUUCUCCUGAUCCAAGAUGCCCUCAAACCACCCCUCGUCCUACAACUCCUUCACCACCACGAUGCUAUCCAGGAAGCACCGAUCCACGAUGCCCACAAACUACAACUGCACGACCAGCGCCAACCACGACUCCAGCACCUCGUUGCUAUCCUGGUUCACCCGAUCCCAGAUGUCCACAAACAACACCAAGACCAACAACACCACCACCUCUACGUUGUUAUCCUGGAACCACCGAUCCUCGAUGCCCGCAAACCACAACUCCUGCUCCGCGUUGCUAUCCCGGAUCAACAGAUCCUAGAUGUCCUCAGACUACCCCGGCACCAACAACUCCCCCACCACCACGGUGCUUCCCAGGUAGCACGGAUCCUAGGUGCCCACAAACCACAACUCCUCGACCAGUUCCGACCACUCCUCCAGCUCCAAGAUGUUAUCCGGGUUCACCAGAUCCACGGUGUCCACAAACCACUCCAAGACCUACUACACCUCCACCUCCACGAUGCUAUCCAGGCAGCACUGAUCCCAGAUGCCCUCAGACAACUACUUCACGACCGGUACCAACCACAACACCGGCUCCAAGAUGUUAUCCAGGUUCAACUGACCCAAGAUGCCCACAAACAACCACUCCUGCACCUCUCAGAUGUUAUCCCGGCAGUACUGAUCCUCGUUGUCCACAGAUCACUACGGAACGACCUGUACCAACUACAACUGCUGCUCCAAGAUGCUAUCCUGGCUCCUCUGAUCCCCGUUGUCCUCAAACUACUCCUGCACCAAGGUGUUAUCCCGGAUCGACCGAUCCACGGUGCCCUACCACUCCAAGACCUCCACCGUCUACAACACCUGCAUGUUAUCCAGGAUCAUCUGAUCCAAGAUGUCCGACGACAGCGCGACCUACCACUCAGGCACCACGUUGCUAUCCUGGAUCAUCCGACCCACGGUGCCCAUCAACAACUGCUGCCCCCACAUACCUGCCUCCAGUUGAGCCCAGUACAACCGCUGCACCACGGUGCUACCCAGGCUCUACUGAUCCCCGAUGCCCAGCUACUCCCUCAACAACACAAGGUCCUCGAUGCUAUCCGGGAUCAACCGACCCUAGAUGUCCACAAACAACACCAAGACCAACAACUCCUCCGCCUCCACGAUGUUAUCCUGGAAGCACGGAUCCUAGAUGUCCUCAAACUACUACACAGCGACCAGUACCAACAACAACUCCUGCUCCGAGGUGUUACCCAGGAUCGACAGAUCCACGGUGUCCCACUACUCCAAGGCCACAACCAACCACUACACCAGCUCCACGUUGUUAUCCAGGAUCUACCGAUCCUCGCUGCCCACAACCAACUACCACACCUGCUCCACGCUGUUAUCCAGGCUCAAGUGAUCCCAGGUGUCCAACUACUCCAAGACCUCAACCAACUACCACCCCAGCCCCACGAUGCUACCCAGGAUCAACGGAUCCCAGAUGUCCUACAACCCCUAGACCAAGUACUGAACCAGCCACAUAUCUUCCUCCUGUAUCUCAAACUACCGCUGCACCACGUUGUUAUCCAGGAUCAACUGAUCCUCGUUGUCCAACCACACCUUGCCCUCAACCAACCACCCCAGUUCUGCGCUGCUAUCCAGGAUCAACUGAUCCUCGUUGUCCAACAACUCCACGUCCACAGCCAACAACUACUCCAGCGCCACGGUGUUAUCCAGGAUCAACGGAUCCUCGAUGCCCUCAACCAACGACUACACCAGCACCUCGGUGCUACCCAGGAUCAACGGAUCCUCGCUGUCCGCAACCCACUACAACGCCUGCACCACAAUGUUAUCCUGGCUCAUCUGAUCCACGUUGCCCCACUACUCCGCGUCCUCAACCAACAACUACUCCCGCUCCACGUUGCUACCCAGGAUCAACUGAUCCUCGCUGUCCUCAACCAACUACCACGCCUGCUCCACGAUGCUACCCAGGUUCGACUGACCCUCGGUGUCCUCAGCCACCAACCACGCCUGCUCUACGAUGCUACCCAGGUUCCACUGAUCCUCGGUGCCCAACAACUCCACGGCCACAGCCAACAACUACCCCAGCUCCUCGGUGCUAUCCAGGAUCGACAGAUCCACGUUGCCCACAGCCCACAACUACACCUGCUCCACGAUGCUAUCCAGGUUCGACCGAUCUUCGAUGCCCGACAACUCCACGACCACAACCAACUACUACACCUGCUCCAAGGUGUUAUCCAGGUUCAACAGAUCCUCGCUGUCCCCAGCCUACUACUACCCCCGCUCCACGAUGCUACCCAGGUUCCACUGAUCCAAGAUGUCCAACGACUCCACGACCACAACCAACAACCACACCUGCUCCACGUUGCUAUCCAGGAUCUACAGAUCCACGUUGUCCACAGCCUACAACCUCACCUGCUCCACGAUGCUACCCAGGUUCCACUGAUCCAAGAUGUCCAACGACUCCACGUCCACAACCAACAACUACACCAGCUCCUCGGUGCUAUCCAGGAUCGACAGAUCCACGUUGUCCUCAGCCUACAACUACUCCAGGUCCAAGAUGCUAUCCAGGAUCAACCGAUUCACGUUGCCCACAGCCAACAACACCGAGACCAACCACCCAGCCUGCCACAUAUCUUCCACCAGUUUCAGAAACCACAGCUGCUCCACGAUGCUAUCCGGGCUCUGCUGAUCCUCGUUGUCCUGUUCAAACCACUGCACGACCCAAUUGUUACCCUGGCAGCACGGACCCACGUUGUCCGAAGCCUGUGAGCACAACACCACGACCAGUUCCAACAACUACUCCUGCGUUGAGAUGUUAUCCAGGAUCUACUGACCCUAGAUGCCCAACAACUCCGCGACCAAGUCCAACGACAACUGCAGCUCCAGUUUGCUACCCAGGAUCGUUAGAUCCUCGUUGCCCACGGCCAGUUUCAA